GGCGCGGCCGGGCGCGGGAGGCGGAAGUGCCGCGGGCCGCCGCCUCCGUCCCGGCUGCGGCCCCUGCCGGUUACAUAACUCGUUGCGGGCCCCGCGCGGUCUCAAGUCCGGCUCCCUGAGCCCCCAGGAUGCGCUGAGCCCCGCGACGCCCUCAGCUGCCACCGGCUCCCGCCCGAGGUGUGAAUGACAGAGGUGGUGCCAUCCAGUGCCCUCAGCGAGGUCAGCCUGCGUCUCCUCUGCCACGAUGACAUAGACACUGUGAAGCACCUGUGUGGUGACUGGUUCCCCAUCGAGUACCCAGACUCAUGGUAUCGUGACAUCACAUCCAACAAGAAGUUCUUCUCCCUUGCUGCGACCUACAGAGGUGCCAUUGUGGGAAUGAUAGUAGCUGAAAUUAAGAGCAGGACCAAAAUACAUAAAGAGGAUGGAGAUAUUCUAGCCUCCAACUUCUCUGUUGACACACAAGUUGCGUACAUUCUAAGUCUGGGAGUAGUGAAAGAAUUCAGGAAGCAUGGCAUAGUCCACGGACUAUAUCCAGCACCUGGGUUCAGCACUAGCCAACCUGAGCCCUUGCUCCAUCCCACAUAGGAUCUACCGCCAGGCUCAUAGCCUUCUCUGCAGCUUCCUACCAUGGUCAGGCAUCUCCACCAAGGGUGGCAUCGAGUACAGCCGCACCAUGUGAUGCCAGCUGGGUAGCUUCUUCCAGACCGCACCCCUCAGCACCCUGCAGAGCCCACCUUCCUGUCCAUCUGAUUUUUGCUUUCCUCUGCAAGGAGCUGGCGGCCACCUGCCGCCCAUUGGCCUGCCCCAGCUGCAGGCCCGGUGCUACGCGGGCUCAGGAGCAGAGCGUGCAUCUGGUCUCCAACAGGCUCCCUGGCUCUCCUGUUUUUGGAAACCUCUGCCUCCACUGGGUGCCCUGGUCCUGCCUCCAUGCACUCUCACCAUCCCCUC